AAGAUUAGUAGCACAGUUUUAGCGGUAAUCCUUCCUCUCUCCUCUUUCACUUUCCUUUUCUGAACUCGAUCACUUUGAUCUCGAAGACCUUGAUCAAUGGAGAGCGUCAACGUCUCGUUCUCGUCGGAAGAUGAAGACGUGGAGGACUUGAGCGAGCGGUUCGAGAGCUAUAGCUUGAGUGCUGACGUUAGCGAGUCGGAAAGCUCAACUAGUACUAGCUUUUCCUGUCGGAAAAACGAAGCUCAUGCUUCUACUUCCAUGACUUCCUCGCCGCCCUCCGGACCGGACUUCGCUGACAUUUUUUACCGCAAGACGGCGCUGCCGGUCAUGUUGCCGGCCUUCGGUGGUGGACGUAAUGUUGUAGUUCCGGCGAUGACGGAGAAGACUGAGGCUGACUUGUCUGAGGUUGAAUUGAUGAAGGAGAGAUUUGCAAAGCUUCUGCUUGGAGAAGAUAUGUCAGGUGGAGGCAAUGGAGUCUGCACUGCUCUUGCUAUUUCCAAUGCCAUCACAAAUCUUUCUGCUACUGUGUUUGGAGAGUUAUGGAAGUUGGAGCCAUUGGCACCCCAGAAGAAGGCAAUGUGGUGCCGAGAAAUGGAAUGGCUUUUGUGUGUGAGUGAUUCUAUUGUUGAGCUCAUACCAUCAACUCAAGAAUUCCCUGGUGGUGGGACUUUUGAGGUUAUGGUCACUCGUCCCCGCUCGGAUCUAUAUGUGAGCCUACCUGCCCUCAAGAAACUGGAUGCAAUGCUGCUUAGCCUUCUGGAUGGAUUUAGUGAUUCCGAGUUUUAUUAUGUUGACCGAGGGAUAAUUGUUGCUGAUACUGAUGAUACCAAAACAUUUUCCCGAUCUUCCUCUUCGGGUAGACCUUCAAUUAGGCAAGAAGAGAAGUGGUGGCUCCCAUUCCCUAAAGUACCCCAAAAUGGUCUGUCUGAAAAUGUGAGGAAGGCAUUGCAGCACUGUAGGGAAUGCGCACAUCAGAUCCUUAAGGCCUCCAUGGCCAUCAAUAGUAAUGUGCUGGCUGAAAUGGAAAUCCCAGAUGCUUAUUUAGAGAGCUUGCCCAAGAGUGGGAAAGCUUGUCUAGGCGAAAUCAUUUACCGUUUUAUAACUGCUGAUCGGUUCUCCCCAGAGUGUCUUCUUGACUACCUGGACCUCUCAUCAGAGUACACCACUCUUGAAAUAGCUAACAGGAUUGAGGUUGCUGCACACAUUUGGAGACAGAAACACCUCAAACGCCAUCUGAAGCCUGCGAAAUCUGGUAAGUCAUCCUGGGGUGGAAAGGUCAAGGGAUUGGUUGGUGACAUGGAUAAAUGUAAGCUUCUAGCCUCCCGAGCCGAUACCAUCUUACAGAAUCUAAGGAUACAGUUCCCUGGCCUCCCACAGACGGCUCUGGACAUGAGCAAGAUUCAGUAUAACAAGGAUGUGGGGCACUCACUCCUUGAGAGCUAUUCCAGGGUCAUGGAAAGCUUAGCCUUCAACAUAAUGGCAAGGAUUGAUGAUCUUCUAUACGUAGACGAUGCCAGCAGGCAACGUGCAGCUGCAAUGUCGAUGUCUCUAUAUGAGCAAAGAAGGUUUGGUGCCGCCUUGCCAAAACAGAAGAGGCUGUUGAGGAGUCCUUUCUCAAUUCAACACAACUCUUGUGGCCCUUCAACUACAAUACCGGCAAUGGAUGAUCCUCCCUUUCAGAUAGCGAGAAGCCCUGGCGGAAGAAGGCAUCAGUCUACAAACGACAGUAAUUUAAAUGACUUGCUGCAUGAGAAGUUAGAAAAUUUUACUUUCUGAUGUUGAUGCAAUAAAGGUAUAUGGGAAGCUUAUUACCUUGAAAAAAGAAAGAUGAUUUGGUUAACCUGAUGCAGUAAGUUGAUGUUAGUAGAUAUAAAUGUUGUAGUCUUUCACUCUUUCUACUGUAUAAUCCAAGAACAUAGCCAAAUAUCCAGGUGUUAUAAACUCUAUUAUUCCAUCUUUCA